UUGGACAUUUUCCAACAGUAUGAGUUAAGAUAAACAAAUGAAGUCAGACUUUGACCUCAGUCUGUUAAAAUCCAGAUGGACAGUUACCCUCAGCUGAUCACUGUUCCAUCUACCAGAGCGACUCCAGGUCCUCAGGGUCGAAACAUGAGCGCCUUCGUGACUCUCUCCACAGGGCAGAGGAUGCCUGUGGUCGGACUUGGCACAUGGAAGAGCACUCCAGGACAGGUGAAGCAGGCAGUGCUGGCAGCCUUAGACUGUGGGUACAGACACAUUGACUGUGCUGCUGCAUACAGCAAUGAACAGGAGGUGGGAGAGGCUCUGGCUGUCAGGGUCGGCCCUGGUAAGGCUCUGCGUCGUGAGGAGCUGUUUGUCACAUCCAAACUGUGGAACACCAAACAUGACCCGCAGGAUGUUGAGGAAGCGUGCAGGACCAGUCUGGCCCACCUGGGUCUCUCCUAUUUGGACCUGUACCUCAUGCACUGGCCCAUGGCAUUUCAGCGGGGGAAGGAACUGAUGCCUCAACGCAAAGAUGGAAGUAUUUGUUACUCCGACACACAUUAUAGAGAUACUUGGGCAGCCAUGGAGAGCCUAGUGGACAAAGGUCUGGUCAAAGCCAUAGGACUGUCCAACUUCAAUGCCAGACAGGUUGAUGACAUCAUCAGCAUGGCCAGACACACACCUGUGGUCAACCAGGUGGAGUGCCAUCCUUAUUUGUCUCAAGUAGAUCUCCUGUCUCACUGUCGGUCAGUGGCAGUUUGUGUGACAGCCUACAGUCCUCUGGGCAGCGGGGACAGACCCUGGGCCUCUCCUGAUGAACCCAGUCUGCUGCAGGAUCCUCGACUGGGAGCUAUCGCCCAGAGAUACCAGAGAACACCUGCCCAGGUCAUACUGAGGUGGCAUGUUCAGAGGGGUGUCGUGUGUAUCCCUAAGAGUGUGACUCCCUCCAGGAUCAAGCAGAACUUGCAGGUGUUUGACUUUUCUCUGUCAGAAGACGACAUGAAGGUGAUUGAAUCCUUCAACCGCAACGAGCGCUUCAUCGUCCCAACAGUCGAGAGAGACGGCAAAAGGGUGUGGAGAGAUGGAGAACAUCCUCAUUUCCCCUUCAAUGAUCCUUACUGAGUCUACACACAAGGAAUGUUGUGUUUUUGAAAUUUCUACAUUAAAUUAAAAUAUAAUCAAAAUUAAACUAGCUUUUGCUCUUUGGGAGGAAUGUCAUUGACAUAAUAAAAAUAUUUAAAUGACUAAAUUUGUAGAAGAAAGUCUUUAAAACAUGUUUUCCCCAGUCUUAUCUUUAUUGAGAUUGCAGUGAAGAAAAGUGACUUUUCUUCCACUGCCAGAGUGACACUAUGUGGUCAGUAACAGAACUGCCUCUCUGCCAGGUGACAAUGGCUUUGAUCAGUGUUUCUCAACCAGGGGUCCUCAGGGGAGCUCCAGAGGGGUCGCCAGAAAAUGGGGAAAUAAUUUUCACUAUUUAACUAACUAUAAAAGUGAGCCCAAUGUGAGUAUAAGUACUGGUUGAUAACUGUACAAUUAAUAUCUAUCAACCAGUCUUUUCAGAUUGAGCUCCCUGAAGCAAACUCUUAUUAAAUGGGCGUCCAUGACCUAAUGUUUCAAGGUUAAAUCAUCACUGAGUCAUUGCAGCAGCACCACUCUGAGAGAUCACACUUUCAAUCAUGUUGCACUUCUGAACACAACUGAUGAACAAUUAAUUAUCCUUUUCAAUGUCGGGUAAAAAAUUAAAUGCAGAACUGCUGUGAAAAUCCAUUCAUCCCUCUCCCUGUUGAUGCUUCCUGGCUCACCAAACAAAAAAUCUCAAUGAAAUUUCCCCAAUGAAAUGAAAUUCACCAUCUUAAUUUUCUAUAACUACAGUGGAAACAUCUUAUAGUGAUCAUGGUUACAGUGACAAACUGCUUAAAAGGAGGAGAAUCAUUCCUGGAUAAAUGCUGUUAAAGUAAUUUGCUGAUAGUAUUCAAGUAGUCUCCUUACAAUGUUUGAGUCUUUUCUUAAAUGACAUAUUAUUUAUACUUUACUCCCAUGAUACUGAGGCUGCUGCUGUGUGCACACUGAAAUCAUGACAGGAAGACAAACUGCCAAAAAUGAGGCAAUGAGAUGCUGCAACGAAACUUGGUGUUCCUCAGGUUACCAUUUUCUAGUCUACUCAAACAAUGACAAUGGUUAUAGCUGCUGUUGAUGGAGACAGAAAACAAAUGCGCAUAGAGAAAACACCUGUGCUUGUCCAUGUGAUGCCCACCAUUACUUUGCAUUCAUGUAAUCAAUAUAAAAAUGUUAGAUGGUUAUCUGCAUGAGAUAUAAAGACAGAAAAAUAAAAAUAAUCUGUUUAGUGAUCAAUUUAGCCCGAGUGUGAUCACUGUAAGAGGUUUCUACUGUAUAUCUUUAUAUAGAAGAUACGUACGAGCCUUAAAUUGAGUACAGAUACCCUCAGACAGAAUGCACGUGA